ACCUCUCGCGUGGAUGCCCUAUCUGUGUCAUGAGGUGGUGCUUGGCGGUUGAUGCGACCGCGCACAGGCACCGACUGCUAUACGCCAUGCACGGUGCAGUGCUGCACCAUUUCAACUCGAAAACGCCUAGUCCCUAGAUGCUCUGCACAGUUUCUGCAAAGUAAUUAAGAGGCCGAGAGCGAGCCUUGAGGCUCAUGCCCUUGUGGGCCUUCUGGCUGAGGCUAAAAUGGUUUUUGUUCAGCCUGCCUCUUCUUCCCGUCGAGCCGCAACAAACAUCAAACGCUACUGGGCAUUCUUCCGCCACUGACGGCGACGGCUCGUCGGAGAAAUUUUCUAUCAGCGAUAUGUUGGUUGGCGAUUUUGUCGGGAGGUUUCUGUUGGAACACGGAACGGAUGCGGAUCAGGGCAACGAUCUCCGCGCUGGAACACGUUGCGCCCCGUCUCUGUCUUAUGCAACACUUUACCCGCCACAGACAAAAGUGUUUUUGAACGUUUCUGGCAUCAUCAGCCACACUCGGGAGAGCUCUGCCUGUUCUCGGGGGGUGCAUCUCAAACGGCAUCGCCCGGUUCUUCGCAAGCUCCAGCCGAUCAGGUCGACGGUGCAGCGAGGCGACUGCCGAACGAAAUGCACCGCGGUCUUUGGCCGUCGGGAGAGACGAGUGCGUCUUCCAACGACAUGCGCCGUGGGUCUUGCUAUAUUUGGACUCUGGCUUAAGUUUCUGCCAGCUUCCCAGUUCUACAGUCUUCCUAUCGUAAUGUCUUUUCCUUUAACUUUCAUCGUAUUUAACACAUCCGAGGGUUCCGUCGAAAUAUUAUUAAAUCAGCAUCAUCCAACGUUCAUACCAGCAGGCUGGGUUAGCAAUGUCAUCGUGGGAACUGCAAGACGGCCAGAACGUGGUGGUCGGACGACAAAACACGGCGCCGUGUCCGAAUGGCAAUGGCACGACCAUAGGCACUGCCCAAGAAUUCACUGUCCUCUGCAACACAAGGCUGGCUGGAGAUGUUCUUGACCGCUUUGAGGCUUCGUCUUCAUGGCGUCAAGGUACCGCCAGCCGGGCGAGAGGAAGGACGAUGACUGGGAUAGGGAACUCGCCCUAAGUUGCGCCUGGAAGGGGGAGCGUGGCCGUUACCGGUGUUACUGUGAGGAAUAGUGUGGUUGCGAUUAUGACUGGGCGAC